AUGCGACAAAGCAGUGUAUGGCCGGCCAUUGGAUCUGCUGCCCUUGCCCUUAUACUUUUUAUGAUGAUUCUGCAGUUGGGCAAUUCGACCACCAAAAUUCUGAUGCCCACUGCCACAAAGAUUUCUGUAGUGCCAGAAGCGCUGGAUGACCUUGAUGACAUCGUAAAUCACCACGUCAACAAAACAAACAUCGUGGGCGGAAUAUCUAAAGCACAAUGGAGUGCCAUCAACAGUUACGGGCGCAAGCUGGUCCUAGACGCAGCAUCGACUUUAUCUCGGGAGGACGCAGCAACAAUGAAACUUGAAGACAUAUAUGGUUUAUUUACGGAAUCGUACGAUUGUGAUAAUAAUUUGUACAGUCGCCUUGGAGGCGAAUCUGGAGACGGUGGUAAAUGGAUUUGCGGAGAGUAUUUCAAAAACUCGUCCGACACAGUGGUGGUUUCUGUCGGUAGCAGCGGGAAUUUCAAAUUUGAGGAUGCAGUGAUAGCGCACUCUCCGGACAUUAAGAUACAUACGUUUGACUGUACAGGAAACUGGUCCCAUCCUCCAGUAGUAUUCGAGCCGUGGUGUUUGAGUGGUGAAGACAAGGUUAUGGGCGAUGGAAAAAUAUACAAAUUGUGGCCAUCAUUGCUUAGAGAUGCCGGCAUCCCAAAAGUCGACUUACUAAAAAUUGACAUUGAGGGAUACGAAUGGGCCACCAUUCCACAUUUACUACGAAACUCGACAUACGAGCAAUUACCCCGCCAAAUAUCCAUAGAGUUGCACCUAUGGAAGAAAUUUUUGGACGGAAGUACUGUUGGUGUACCUGCUGAUUACCUAGCAUUCAACUUAGACCAGUCCUACAGCGCGAUUGCAUUUGACUAUCUGCAUCCGACAAUCUCAUUAUUCCAAGAUUUCUUUGCUGCCGGAUACGAAAUAGCGGCAGCAGAAAUGAACCCCGAAAGUGCACCGGCAGCGUGCUGCUCUGAAUAUACAUUUGUACUAUUACCAAAAUCCAAAUAA